GGCUGCACCUUGCCUCUUGGAGACGCGCUUCAUUCGAAGGGGAAGAUGGAGAAAUGGCUAACGCAAUGUACCAAAUGUAAAGACCAAGGAAUCAAGGAACAUUGUCGUUUAUAACUCAAAUGUUGCUUUACAAUUGAUAGGAACCUAUUUCUAGAUACAAGACAUCUCUCAACAUCUGAAGAAACAUGGAUUUACCUCCAUCCAAGCUGCAAUAUGGAUCCAAAAAGAAAGUCAAGAUCCACCCCAACACCGUCACAGUGAAAUAUGCCACCAAUUUUCCCCAGCCCGGAGAUGAGGGAUAUGAUGAUGCACCCUCAUUCGAGGACUUCAGUUCUUUCGCAGAGGAGAGCCCGAGUAAGAAACUGGUGUCUGACCCUAGUCAUAGCAGGACUUGUUUUGGCACCAUGGAGACCCGGCCAAAGCCACCGGGGGAGCAGAGAGAAAAGGGUGUGGGGGGUCAACUGGCUAGUUUUGGUGAGGCCUCAGUCUUAGCCUCAAGGGUCACCUGGAUGGCCCUCUUUGGGGCGGCGGUGGCCCACGGUUGUGUGGCGUUAAUAACGCGACUGGCUGCUGACCGUUCCAAAGUGCCCUCCCUCGAGUUGAUCUUUAUCCGCUCCGUGAUCCAAGUGCUGUCUAUCGUUGUGGUCUUUUACUAUCAGGAAGCCCCCUUUGGCCCCAAGGGCUACCGUCUUCGUCUGUUCUUCUAUGGAGUGUGCAACGUCAUCUCUAUUACCUGCGCUUACACCUCGUUCGCAAUUGUGCCGCCCAGCAAUGGUACCCUCAUGUGGCGAGCUUGUACUACUGUCUUCAGUGCCGUUCUGGCCUUUCUGCUGCUGGACGAGUGGUUAGGCUACUCAGACGUGGUGACGGUGGUGGGCAGUGUCUUUGGCCUGUGUCUGGUCAUGAUCCCCAACGUCGCUGAUGAGGAGAAGUCCAAGCUGGGCUUCUGGAAAGAGGCCUUCGGCUAUACCAUGACCGUCAUGGCUGGCCUCACCGCCGCCCUCUCCAUGAUUGUUUACCGGGCCAUCAAGGAGCGUGUCAGCAUGUGGACGGCACUUUUCACCUUUGGCUGGACGGGAACUGUGUGGGGGGCGUCUACCAUGUUCGUCAUGCAGGAGCCUAUCAUCCCCCUGGAUGGGGAGACCUGGGGGUAUCUGAUUGGGAUCUGUAUCUGCUCCACCAUGGCAUUCCUGGGGGUCUACUAUGCCCUGAACAGGUUUCAUCCCGCCCUGGUCAGCACUGUGCAACACCUGGAAAUUGUGGUGGCCAUGUUGCUUCAACUCAUUGUGCUGAGGAUGGUUCCCUCUGUGUAUGACGUCCUUGGAUGCCUGGUCAUCAUGAUCAGUGUGUUUGCCCUGACAGGCCUCAAGCUCUACAGGGUGAGCCGGGCCGUGCGCCAGGAUUACCAGGAGAUCCUGGACUCACCUAUCAAAUGAGCUCUUGGUUUGGCUAGCUGCCUAUCUGUCUGUUGGUGUUUACAAUGUUGCCCGGUACAUGUGCAAUUGAAGAAUGUUUGGAUCUUCACUUAUUGAUUUUGUUAUGUGUUGUGGAGGAGUGCCAAUUGUGUUAUGUCUUACUAUUGCGUGCAAAUAAAUACAAGAGUUGAUGUUCCACAGUGAAA